GGAUUCCUCCUGAUAUCUCAUCCAUGGAUGCAUCGCAACUUCCCCGGGCUUGCAGUAGUCGCCCUGUCGAAUGAUCUACCAUGUAUACACUUGUGCUUGUACUAUACACAUGCUGUGCCUGCCUUUUCUUGUUCAUACCUGCAGUCUCUGGACUGGUCCUUCCCAAUAUGCCAAAUGGAAUCACUUUCUAUACUCGAGCAUCUCAUGCUCUCCCCAUUCGCAAUGCAUCCCUCCAUCGUAAUCCGUCAUCUCGGAAAAUGAAUCGGCCACCUUCUGGCUGCGCCGCAUAGCCCUUCAUGAGAAUCCUCUUUUGUCCUCGGUUCUUCAGGAGCCGCAGUUCUUCGACCUCCUCGGACAGCCCGCAGACCUCCCGUUACCAGCUGGACCGGUUAGAUGUGCCAGCGACUCCAGGUCGCUCUCCAGAAGGCAUCACAUCGUCCAGAGAAAAUGCCCAUUACCGUGACCACCGGAGCGACUCCUCCGCGGGCUUCUCUGAUAGACUGCGCAGACGGUUUUCUCGAGAAGCAAAUGGCCCUCACAUGCGACCUCGAAAGAGUGACAAAAAGAUCGGAAAUUCAAUCUUCCCAUUCACGACCAUGACCUUCAAGAACAGUCCCAACCAAAUCGCAUCCGCUGAUAUAGGAAGCAGUCUGAUAAGCGAACGGGGUUAUGACAGCGACGCACAGUGUAUCACCACCCCCAAGCAGACCGGCAAUUUCAGAGAGGAGCCACGCUCCAGACCCGGUAUUUGGAGGGACAUGUCGCCGCUGGCCCAGCCCAAUUACGACUCAGACCAGGAAGCUCAGUACGGAAGGUCUCCGGCGCCGAUGGAUGAGGCUGGUAGGAUGGGGAGCCAUUAUCACGGAGUUCACCGAGAGAUGGAAAGACCACAAGCAUCGUGGCACUCAAGAAAUCAACCACGUUGGGGUCCACCACAAAACUUCUCUACCCCUCGCAAUGCCUACCAUGAAAACCGCCGGGGGAGGAUGGGAAGUCCUUGUCCAAGCAUGGCCAGCAGCGUGUCCCUAGACACGACGGCAGAUGGGUCCAAGUCCACUGCCCAGGGCUUCUAUUAUCCUCGACAUCGACAAGGCAUUCAAAACGCUUCAAUGCCCAUCAAUUACCCCAGAGAUGACCAUCAAUAUUCGCCGACUAACAAUGGAGGACAGAGUCUGAAUUUGCCCAACUGCACACCAACCUUUUCGCAGCCGUAUACAACGUCCGCCGAGUCUGUAGUGUACCCGCCCUCCCAAAUCUCGGUCAUGAAAAGAAGACAACGGCAUCAAAGGGAGCAGGAUUCGGACGGACAGUCUAUCCAUCUGGUUGACAUGAAUAUACCCCGGGCUUUGGCGUCGCACUCCAUGUCGCCUCACGUUUUGUCUCGAAAUCAGUCACUGGACCAGAAUGAAUGGAGCAAUAGAAGCGAGGGACAAAGUAUCACUCAGCCUGGUCAUGGAUAUUCGAAAGUGGAAACAUCCAAGGCCUCGGCUCACAAUGUAGGAAAGAUGAGCAAGGAGCCUUCGUCAUCUUAUUCUCGCAAGACGAGCAUUUCCUCGGACUUUCCAGGAUACCGCUGGGAAAACAAAGGGGUCAACAAUACCUCUGCCAGCCCCGAAAAAGAAUCUACAGGGGCUGGUUUCGACGGAACACAAAAUCGUAAACCAUCACCUCGGCCACGAGAAGUGCAUGCUGGCCAGUCGAGCGAGUUCAGUCCACUCAAUCCACGAGAUCAUGACGGCACCGACACCACAGAUAUCCAAAAGGGCAGAUUCAUAGGUCAGCUUGGAUCGAAUCGGUCGGUCUCGUCCCCCGUUCCCAAUACCAAUUGUGGCACGGACGAAAGCCUCGCGUCUCCGCGAAAAGUCAGUGUCGGCUGGAUGUCAGGAGGCCGUCGCCUUGGCUAUGGCUACACGAUGGUACCGGCAGACGAAUCAAUUGAACGGCCAUCUCACGGAAAACCAGCAACACCCUUGAGAACGGAAAGCAGACAGGGAAGCGAUGGAGCAACUGCCGGCCAUACCAAACAAUGCUCGGAGAAGACGAGCAAAAUUUCAUUGCGCAUAGGGGACUCGACAUAUGACAUUUCAAGUAUCAUUCAACGCUUGAACCCACGCCAUAGAGCAACAACAUCCGUUGAGAUCACCAAUCGCAGCGACACGGCGAGUUGUGACUCUGUGACUUCUUCUCUAUGGGAAAAGCUUGGGUAUCGGAAAAAAAGUCAGAACGAACAGGAAACGGAUGCCGACAAGAAGGUCCCAUGGGGUCAUUUCUGUGGUGUAGGUUUAGACCAGACCCUGCGAGAGCCACCGGUAAUGAGCAAAGACGCACCUGCUUCCGUCGGGAGCGAAGACAGAGGCCGUUUGGGACUGAGUCGAGCAAAAACCAUCUUGGCCAAAGGGCGCGGCGUGGGCGCAAUUGCGCGCGAAUUGGAACAUUCAAUUGUGCAAAGUAAAGGGCCUCGGGUCAUGAAGUACAAAAUACGCGACCUAAGGAAUAGACGCCACAAAACUGACGAUGACCGGCCGAUCUUUGACAACAGAAAGGGUAGCUAUGGGACUUCGCAGGACGGAGAGGAAAGAGAGUCGAAUCCGGACAUAAAUGCGGUUGAUCGAGACGAGGUGGAAGACCCCAAGCAACCUAGCUUCGAUUUGGUGUCCGACGACUGGGUUGACAAGAUCCACGAAGGCCUGGACAUCCAACCGAUCCCCGAGUAG